AUGAAUGCCCAUCGCAAAAGCCUUUUUAAUGGCACAGCAGAAUUUAGACCUCUUCCCAACUCCUGUUCAGGAGAAAUAUUGCUGAAAAUUCCGGCUUGGAGGGCAGCUUUUCCCUCGGUAUAUAAGAGUCUCGACUUCAUAACCAGAUCAUCAGUUCACUGCUACUCUGAACACCAUGAAGUUUGCGAUUCUCGUCGCCCUCACUGCUGUGGCCGCCGCGGCCCCUCAGAAUGGCUACUCUCUACCGGACCCUUCCACAAGGGCGUACUUGAGGUAGUUGAGGUCGUGCCCAUCCUGAGGGACGACCGAGUCCAAGAGGACGACGGCAGGUACAACUACGAUAUCGAGACUGGCGACGGCAUCACCGCCUCGGAGUCCGGCUCACCUGACGUCUCUGAGGGUGCCAUCGUUGCCUCUGGAAAGUACUCGUACACUGCUCCCGACGGGAGCCUGAUUGAGGUCGCCAACGAAGACGGCUUCCAGCCCGAGGGUGACCACCUGCCAGUGGCUCCCGAAUCCCCUCAUGAGAUUCCCGAGUUCGUGCUCAGGCAGAUCGCAAAAGCAGCUGAGGAAUACGCUCUUGCCACGGCGGAGACCAGGGACGCUGCGCCUUCCCAGCUCUACCAGAGGCCCCAGUAGAUGUCUUUGAAAAGGAAAGAAGAGUCAUGUACAGAACCGAUUCCCCCCAUAUGUAAAGAACUUAUUCGUGGAAUGAAUGACGUGUGUUUCAACAGCUUGUUUAUAAUAAUGAAUGCACACUUUUUUGUGAUUAUUACUACUUUAUCUAAUGUUCUGUUAUCCGCAAGAUCUGAAAGAUUGCCCGAAAUCCUGAUUUCCCUAUUAGAAUUCAUAUUUAAAUGUGAUAAGAAGACAAACACACCUGAAUAUUUAUAUAUGUAUAUAUGUAUAUAUAUAGAUAGACAUGUAUAUACAUACGCAUACAAAAACAUAUGUACUUAUAUAUAUGAAUAUAGUUAUGUGUACACAUUGUGAGUGUAUAUAUCCAUAUAUAUAUGUGUGUGCAUAUAUGCACAUGUCCAUACGCACACACAUACACAUACAUGUGCAUAUAUAUAAUCAUGUAUAUAUGUAUACAUUUGUAUAUAUGUAUACAUAUGUGUACAUUUUUGUAUAUGUAAACAUAUAUGUUUGUA